AUGGGUUGUGGGAUGAGUACCGAGGAUAAGGAGGGGAAGGCCCGCAACGAGGAGAUUGAGAACCAGCUCAAGCGCGACAAGAUGUUGCAACGGAAUGAGAUCAAGAUGUUGCUGCUCGGUGCCGGAGAGUCGGGCAAGUCGACUAUUCUGAAGCAGAUGAAGUUGAUUCACGAGGGCGGUUACUCCCGCGACGAGCGCGAGUCCUUCAAGGAAAUUAUCUACAGCAACACUGUCCAGUCAAUGCGGGUCAUCUUGGAGGCCAUGGAGUCCCUGGAGCUGCCUUUGGAGGACGCACGCAACGAGUACCACGUCCAGACUAUUUUCAUGCAACCAGCACAGAUCGAGGGUGACAGCAUUCCUCCCGAGGUCGGCAACGCGAUCGGUGCCUUGUGGCGCGACUCUGGCGUGCAGGAGUGUUUCAAGCGCUCUCGCGAGUACCAGUUGAAUGACUCUGCGAAAUACUACUUCGAUGCCAUUGACCGUAUCGGCCAGCCCGACUACCUCCCCACGGACCAGGAUGUGCUCCGCUCUCGUGUCAAGACCACCGGUAUCACCGAGACUACCUUCAUCAUUGGCGAUCUGACCUACCGUAUGUUCGACGUCGGCGGUCAACGAUCCGAGCGAAAGAAGUGGAUUCACUGCUUUGAGAACGUCACCACCAUUCUCUUCUUGGUCGCCAUCUCCGAAUACGAUCAGCUGCUGUUUGAAGAUGAAACCGUCAACCGUAUGCAAGAAGCCCUGACUCUGUUCGACUCCAUCUGCAACUCCCGCUGGUUCGUCAAGACCUCGAUCAUUCUCUUCCUCAACAAGAUCGACCGCUUCAAGGAGAAGCUUCCCGUGAGCCCCAUGAAGAACUACUUCCCCGACUACGAGGGUGGUGCCGACUACGCCGCCGCCUGCGAUUACAUUCUGAACCGUUUCGUUUCCCUCAACCAAGCCGAGCAGAAGCAGAUCUACACUCACUUCACCUGCGCCACUGACACCACCCAAAUCCGCUUCGUCAUGGCCGCUGUCAACGAUAUCAUCAUCCAAGAGAACCUGCGCCAAUGCGGUUUGAUCUAA